GCAUUGUGAAGUGUGGGGUGGGGCAUUGUGUGCCACAUGCCUGGGCUCCCACCUGGGCCAGUGGGCUUCAGUCUGUAGGUGACUACAGAAGGAGGAGGAGCUCCGUCUGUUCUCUCUUCAGGCAGUUGUUGUGUCUCUCAGCGCUUGUUGGGUUCACAACCUAUUAAAUAAGCCGGCUGGUCUUCACCCUCCCAGACAAGUCAACUCAGGGGAGGCGGCAGGGUGCGGGCCUUGGCCCGCAGCCCUAGCCAGGGCCGGGGCCAGGGCCGGUGCCCGGGGCCGGGCUGUGAGGUGGGCAGGCAACAGCGGGCAAGACCAUCUCUGCAAGUGCAGCAUAGCCUCAGCCUAGGACAGCCGGAGUGCGUGGCCAAACCUGUGAGCAGAGGCACAGGUGGUGGCAGACAGUAGAGGCACCCCAUGGGGAACAUACUGACCUAUUGUGUGCGCCCCAGGGUCAACCUCGAGUUUGACCAGCAACAGGGGUUGGUGUGUCCCUCUGAAUCUGAGAUCUAUGAGGCAGGAGUUGGGGACAGGUUGGCAGGAGCGCCCAUGGCUGCUGCUGUACAGCCUGCUGAGGUGACUGUUGAAGUUGGUGAGGACCUCCAUAUGCACCACAUCUAUGACCGGGAGAUGCCUGAAGCUUUGGAGUUUAACCCUUCUGCCAAUCCAGAGGCAAGCACAAUAUUCCAGAGGAACUCUCAAACAGAUGCUUUGGGGUUUAACCCUUCUGCCAAUCCAGAGGCAAGCACAAUAUUCCAGAGGAACUCUCAAACAGAUGUUGUAGAAAUAAGAAGAAGCAACUAUACAAACCAUGUAUCUACUGAGCAUUUCAGUCAAAAAUGCAGAUUGUGUUUGACAAUAUUCCUUGAUGACAGCACAGCCAGCCAGCAUUAUCUUACAAUGACAAUAAUAUCUGUGACCUGGCAGAUACCUCAUCAUAUCAUGCAAAGAGAUGCAGAUAGAUCUUUGAGCAUAUUUGAUGAGCGGUUAUACUCAUAUACGGUUUCCACCGUGCCCAUUACCCAGACAAGAAAUGGAGGUGGCAGUUUAAAUAACUAUUCCUCCUCCAUUCCAUCGACUCCCAGCACCAGCCAGGAGGACCUUCACAUCAGUGUUCCUCCCACUGCCAACACACCCACGUCCGUUUGCAAGCAGUCCGUGCGCUGGUCCAACCUGUUUACAUCUGAGAAAGGGAGUGACCCAGACAAAGAGAAGAAAGCCCCGGAGAGUCAUGCUCACACCGUCGGGAGCGGCAGAGCCAUCCCCAUUAAACAGGGCAUGCUCUUAAAGCGAAGUGGGAAAUGGCUGAAGACAUGGAAAAAGAAACAUGUCACCCUGUGUUCCAAUGGCAUGCUCACCUAUUAUUCAAGCUUAGGUGAUUAUAUGAAGAAUAUUCAUAAAAAAGAGAUUGACCUUCGGACAUCUACCAUCAAAGUCCCAGGAAAGUGGCCACCCCUAGCCACAUCGGCCUGCGUGCCCAUCUCCAGCUCUAAAAGCAGUGGCCUAUCCAAGAACAUGAACGGUCUACGUACCGCAGCCAAUCCAGACACUGGGCUGGGUGACUCCAUAUGCAUGAGCCCCAGUAUCUCCAGCACUACCAGCCCCAAGCUCAGCCCGCCCCCGCCUCCUCAUGCCAAUAAAAAGAAACACCUAAAGAAGAAAAGCACCAACUUAAAAGAUGAUGGCCUGUCCAGCACUGCUGAGGAAGAAGAAGAAAACUUUAUCAUUGUGUCUGUCACUGGCCAAACGUGGCACUUUAAAGCCACGACGUAUGAGGAGCGGGACGCCUGGGUCCAAGUCAUCCAGAGCCAGAUCCUGGCCAGCCUGCAGUCAUGUGAGAGCAGUAAAAGCAAGUUCCGGCUGACCAGCCAGAGCGAGGCCAUGGCCCUGCAGUCGAUCCAAAACAUGCGUGGGAACUCCCACUGUGUGGACUGUGAGACCCCGAACCCUAAGUGGGCCAGUUUGAACUUGGGAGUCCUCAUGUGUAUUGAAUGCUCAGGAAUCCACCGCAGUCUUGGCACCUGCCUUUCCCGUGUGCGAUCUCUGGACCUGGAUGACUGGCCAGUUGAGCUCAUGAAGGUUAUGUCAUCUAUUGGCAAUGACCUAGCCAACAGCAUCUGGGAAGGGAGCAGCCAGGGGCAGACAAAACCUUCAGCAGAGUCAUCAAGGGAAGAAAAGGAGCGGUGGAUCCAUUCCAAAUAUGAGAAGAAGCUCUUUCUGGCCCCAGUACCCUGCACUGAGCUGUCCCUGGGCCAGCACCUGCUGCGGGCCACCGCUGAUGAGGACCUGCGGACAGUCAUCCUGCUGCUGGCACAUGGCUCCCGUGAGGAGGUGAACGAGACCUGUGGGGAGGGAGACGGCUGCACGGCGCUCCAUCUGGCCUGCCGCAAGGGGAAUGUGGUCCUGGCACAGCUCCUGAUCUGGUACGGGGUGGACGUCACGGCCCGAGAUGCCCACGGGAACACAGCGCUGACCUAUGCCCGGCAGGCCUCCAGCCAGGAGUGCAUCAACGUGCUUCUGCAGUACGGCUGCCCCGACGAAGAUGCAGAUAGAUCUUUGAGCAUAUUUGAUGAGCGGUUAUGCUCAUUUACGGUUUCCACCGUGCCCAUCACCCAGACAAGAAAUGGAGGUGGCAGUUUAAAUAACUAUUCCUCCUCCAUUCCAUCGACUCCCAGCACCAGCCAGGAGGACCUUCACAUCAGUGUUCCUCCCACUGCCAACACACCCACGUCCGUUUGCAAGCAGUCCGUGCGCUGGUCCAACCUGUUUACAUCUGAGAAAGGGAGUGACCCAGACAAAGAGAAGAAAGCCCCGGAGAGUCAUGCUCACACCGUCGGGAGCGGCAGAGCCAUCCCCAUUAAACAGGGCAUGCUCUUAAAGCGAAGUGGGAAAUGGCUGAAGACAUGGAAAAAGAAACAUGUCACCCUGUGUUCCAAUGGCAUGCUCACCUAUUAUUCAAGCUUAGGUGAUUAUAUGAAGAAUAUUCAUAAAAAAGAGAUUGACCUUCGGACAUCUACCAUCAAAGUCCCAGGAAAGUGGCCACCCCUAGCCACAUCGGCCUGCGUGCCCAUCUCCAGCUCUAAAAGCAGUGGCCUAUCCAAGAACAUGAACGGUCUACGUACCGCAGCCAAUCCAGACACUGGGCUGGGUGACUCCAUAUGCAUGAGCCCCAGUAUCUCCAGCACUACCAGCCCCAAGCUCAGCCCGCCCCCGCCUCCUCAUGCCAAUAAAAAGAAACACCUAAAGAAGAAAAGCACCAACUUAAAAGAUGAUGGCCUGUCCAGCACUGCUGAGGAAGAAGAAGAAAACUUUAUCAUUGUGUCUGUCACUGGCCAAACGUGGCACUUUAAAGCCACGACGUAUGAGGAGCGGGACGCCUGGGUCCAAGUCAUCCAGAGCCAGAUCCUGGCCAGCCUGCAGUCAUGUGAGAGCAGUAAAAGCAAGUUCCGGCUGACCAGCCAGAGCGAGGCCAUGGCCCUGCAGUCGAUCCAAAACAUGCGUGGGAACUCCCACUGUGUGGACUGUGAGACCCCGAACCCUAAGUGGGCCAGUUUGAACUUGGGAGUCCUCAUGUGUAUUGAAUGCUCAGGAAUCCACCGCAGUCUUGGCACCUGCCUUUCCCGUGUGCGAUCUCUGGACCUGGAUGACUGGCCAGUUGAGCUCAUGAAGGUUAUGUCGUCUAUUGGCAAUGACCUAGCCAACAGCAUCUGGGAAGGGAGCAGCCAGGGGCAGACAAAACCUUCAGCAGAGUCAUCAAGGGAAGAAAAGGAGCGGUGGAUCCAUUCCAAAUAUGAGAAGAAGCUCUUUCUGGCCCCAGUACCCUGCACUGAGCUGUCCCUGGGCCAGCACCUGCUGCGGGCCACCGCUGAUGAGGACCUGCGGACAGUCAUCCUGCUGCUGGCACAUGGCUCCCGUGAGGAGGUGAACGAGACCUGUGGGGAGGGAGACGGCUGCACGGCGCUCCAUCUGGCCUGCCGCAAGGGGAAUGUGGUCCUGGCACAGCUCCUGAUCUGGUACGGGGUGGACGUCAUGGCUCGAGAUGCCCACGGGAACACAGCGCUGACCUAUGCCCGGCAAGCCUCCAGCCAGGAGUGCAUCAACGUGCUUCUGCAGUACGGCUGCCCCGACAAGUGCGUGUAGUAUCUGUUUUAUUUGACUGCAGUCUCCUUGGUGCAAAAAUGAAAUGGGAAAAAUAAGGAUAACUCACAAUUUCAAAAGGAAAUCACAAAUUCAGCUAAUAAUAGCAUUUUCAGUACUUUUCGUAAACUAAGUAAAUACACAAAAUGUUGAUUUUUCUGACCAUAAGACAUAUUUUAGGAGGGUGGAGCCAAGAUGGCCGAAUAGGAACAGCUCCGGUCUCCAGCUCCCAGCCGCAGCGACACAGAAGACGGGUGAUUUCUGCAUUUCUGCUUGAGGUACUGGUUUCAUCUCACUAGGGAGUGCCUAACAGUGGGUGCAGGACAGUUGAUGAAGCGCACUGUGCGCGAGCCAAAGCAGGGCAAGGCAUUGCCUCACUCGGGAAGCGCAAGGGGUCAGGGAGUUCCCUUUCCUAGUCAAAGAAAGGGGAAACAGACGGCACCUGGAAUAUCGGGUCAGUCCCAUCCUAAUACUGCGCUUUUCCAACGGGCCUGGAAAACGGCACACUAGGAGAUUGUGUCCCGCACCUGGCUCGAAGGGUCCUAUGCCCACGGAGUCUCGCUGAUUGCUAGCACAGCAUUCUGAGAUCAAGCUGCAAGGCGGCAGCGAGGCUGGGGGAGGGGCGCCCGCCAUUGCCCAGGCUUGCUUAGGUAAACAAAGCAGCCAGGAUGCUCGAACUGAGUGGAGCCCACCACAGCUCAAGGAGGCCUGCCUGCCUCUGUAGGCUCCACCUCUGGGGGCAGGGCACAGACAAACAAAAACUCAGCAAGAACCUCCACAGACUUAAAUGUCCCUGUCUGACUGACAGCUUUGAAGAGAGUAGUGGUUCUCCCAGCACGCAGCUGGAGAUCUGAGAACGGACAGACUGCCUCCUAAAGUGGGUCCCUCACCCCUGAGCAGCCUAACUGGGAGGCAUCCCCCCAGUAGGGACAGACUGACACCUCAUUCAGCCAGGUACUCCUCUGAGACAAAACUUCCAGAGGAACUAUCAGACAGCUGAAUUUGUGGUCUCAUGAAAAUAAUGCUGUUCUGCAGCCACCGCUGCUGACACCCAGCCAAACAGGGUCUGGAGUGGACCUCUAGUAAACUCCAACAGACCUGCAGCUGAGGGUGCUGUCUGGUAGAAGGAAAACUAACAAACAGAAAGGACAUCCACACCAAAAACCCAUCUGUACAUCACCAUCAUCAAAGACAAAAAGUAGAUAAAACCACAAAGAUGGGGAAAAAACAGGGCAAAAGAACUGGAAACUCUAAAAAACAGAGCACCUCUCCUCCUCCAAAGGAACGCAGUUCCUCACCAGCAACGGAACAAAGCUGGAUGGAGGAUGACUUUGACGAGUUGAGAGAAGAAGGCUUCAGACGAUCAAACUACUCUGAGCUACGAGAGGAAAUUCAAAACAAUAGCAAAGAAGUUAAAAACUUUGAAAAAAAAUUAGAAGAAUGGAUAACUAGAAUAACCAAUGGAGAGAAGGGCUUAAAGGAGCUGAUGGGGCUGAAAGCCAAGUUUCGAGAACUACGCGAAGAUUGCAGAAGCCUCAGUAGCAGAUGCGAUCAACUGGAAGAAAGGGUAUCGCUGAUAGAAGAUGAAAUGAAUGAAAUGAAGAGAGAAGGGAAGUUUAGAGAAAAAAGAAUAAAAAGAAAUGAACAAAGCCUCCAAGAAAUUUGGGACUAUGUGAAAAGACCAAACCUACGUCUGAUUGGUGUACCUGAAAAUGAUGGGGAGAAUGGAGCCAAGUUGGAAAACACUCUGCAAGAUAUUAUCCAGGAGAACUUCCCCAAUCUAGCAAGGCAGGCCAGCAUUCAGAUUGAGGAAAUACAGAGAAUGCCACAAAGAUACUCCUCGAGAAGAGCAACUCCAAGACACAUAAUUGUCAGAUUCACCAAAGUUGAAAUGAAGGAAAAAAUGUUAAGGGCAGCCAGAGAGAAAGGUCGGGUUACCCACAAAGGGAAGCCCAUCAGACUAACAGCUGAUCUCUCAGCAGAAACUCUACAAGCCAGAAGAGAGUGGGGGCUGAUAUUCAACAUUCUUAAAGAAAAGAAUUUUCAACCCAGAAUUUCCUAUCCCGCCAAACUAAGCUUCAUAAGUGAAGGAGAAAUAAAAUACUUUACAGACAAGCAAACGCUGAGUGAUUUUGUCACCACCAGGCCUGCCCUAAAAGAGCUCCUGAAGGAAGCACUAAACAUGGAAAGGAACAACCGGUACCAGCCACUGCAAAAACACGCCAAAUUGUAAAGACCAUCGAGGCUAGGAAGAAACUAUAGCAACUAACGAGCAAAAUAACCAACUAACAUCAUAAUGACAGGAUCAGAUUCACACAUAACAAUAUUAACGUUAAAUGUAAAUGGGCUAAAUGCUCCAAUCAAAAGACACAGGCUGGCAAACUGGAUAAGGAGUCAGGACCCAUCAGUGUGCUGUAUUCAGGAAACCCAUCUCACGUGCAGAGACACACAUAGACUCAAAAUAAAGGGAUGGAGGAAGAUCUAUCAAGCAAAUGGAAAACAAAAAAAGGCAGGGGUUGCAAUCCUAGUCUCUGAUAAAAUAGACUUUAAACCAACAAAGAUCAAAAGAGACAAAGAAGGCCAUUACAUAAUGGUAAAGGGAUCAAUUCAACAAGAAGAGCUAACUAUCCUAAAUAUAUAUGCACCCAACACAGGAGCACCCAGAUUCAUAAAGCAAGUCCUCAGUGACCUACAAAGGGACUUAAACUCCCACACAAUAAUAAUGGGAGAUUUUAACACCCCACUGUCAACAUUAGACAGAUCAAUGAGACAGAAAGUUAACAAGGAUAUCCAGGAAUUGAACUCAGCUCUACAUAAAGUGGACCUAAUAGACAUCUACAGAACUCUCCACCCCAAGUCAACAGAAUAUACAUUUUUUUCAGCACCACACCACACCUAUUCCAAAAUUGACCACAUAGUUGGAAGUAAAGCUCUCCUCAGCAAAUGUAAAAGAACAGAAAUUAUAACAAACUGUCUCUCAGACCACAGUGCAAUCAAACUAGAACUCAGGAUUAAGAAACUCACUCAAAACCACUCAACUACAUGGAAACUGAACAACCUGCUCCUGAAUGACUAUUGGGUACAUAAUGAAAUGAAGGCAGAAAUAAAGAUAUUCUUUGAAACCAACGAGAACAAAGACACAACAUACCAGAAUCUCUGGGACACGUUCAAAGCAGUGUGUAGAGGGAAAUUUAUAGCACUAAAUGCCCAUAAGAGAAAGCAGGAAAGAUCCAAAAUUGACACCCUAACAUCACAACUAAAAGAACUAGAAAAGCAAGAGCAAACACAUUCAAAAACUAGCAGAAGGCUAGAAAUAACUAAAAUCAGAGCAGAACUGAAGGAAAUAGAGACACAAAAAACCCUUCAAAAAAUUAGUGAAUCCAGGAGCUGGUUUUUUGAAAAGAUCAACAAAAUUGAUAGACCGCUAGCAAGACUAAUAAGAAAAGAGAGAAGAAUCAAAUAGAUGCAAUAAAAAAUGAAAAAGGGGAUAUCACCACCGACCCCACAGAAAUACAAUCUACCAUCAGAGAAUACUACAAACACCUCUAUGCAAAUAAACUAGAAAAUCUAGAAGAAAUGGAUAAAUUCCUCGACAAAUACACCCUCCCAAGACUAAGCCAGGAAGAAGUUGAAUCUCUGAAUAGACCAAUAACAGGUUCUGAAAUUGUGGCAAUAAUCAAUAGCUUACCAACCAAAAAGAGUCCAGGACCUGAUGGAUUCACAGCUGAAUUCUACCAGAGGUACAAGGAGGAACUGGUACCAUUCCUUCUGAAACUAUUCCAAUCGAUAGAAAAAGAGGGAAUCCUCCCUAACACAUUUUACGAAGCCAGCAUCGUCCUGAUACCAAAGCCUGGCAGAGACAUAACCAAAAAAGAGAAUUUCAGGCCGGGCGUGGUGGCUCACGCUUGUAAUCCCAGCACUUUGGGGGGCCGAGGCGGGUGGAUCACGAGGUCAGGAGAUCGAGACCAUGGUGAAACCCCGUCUCUACUAAAAAUACAAAAAAUUAGCCGGGCGUGGUGGCGGGCGCCUGUAGUCCCAGCUACUUGGAGAGGCUGAGGCAGGAGAAUGGCGUGAACCCGGGAGGCGGAGCUUGCAGUGAGCCGAGAUUGCGCCACUGCACUCCAGCCUGGGUGACAGAGCAAGACUCCGUCUCAAGAAAAAAAAAAAAAAAAAAAAAAAAAAAAAGAGAAUUUCAGACCAAUAUCCUUGAUGAACAUUGAUGCAAAAAUCCUCAAUAAAAUACUGGCAAACCGAAUCCAGCAGCACAUCAAAAAGCUUAUCCACCAUAAUCAAGUGGGCUUCAUCCCUGGGAUGCAAGGCUGGUUCAACAUACGCAAAUCAAUAAAUGUAAUCCAGCAUAUAAACAGAACCAAAGACAAAAACCACAUGAUUAUCUCAAUAGAUGCAGAAAAAGCCUUUGACAAAAUUCAACAAUGCUUCAUGCUAAAAACUCUCAAUAAAUUAGGUAUUGAUGGGACAUAUCUCAAAAUAAUAAGAGCUAUCUAUGACAAACCCACAGCCAAUAUCAUACUGAAUGGGCAAAAACUGGAAGCAUUCCCUCUGAAAACUGGCACAAGACAGGGAUGCCCUCUCUCACCGCUCCUAUUCAACAUAGUGCUGGAAGUUCUGGCCAGAGCAAUCAGGCAGGAGAAGGAAAUAAAGGGUAUUCAAUUAGGAAAAGAGGAAGUCAAAUUGUCCCUGUUUGCAGCUGACAUGAUUGUAUAUCUAGAAAACCCCAUUGUCUCAGCCCAAAAUCUCCUUAAGCUGAUUAGCAACUUCAGCAAAGUCUCAGGAUACAAAAUCAAUGUACAAAAAUCACAAGCAUUCUUGUACACCAAUAACAGACGGAGAGCCAAAUCAUGAGUGAACUCCCAUUCACAAUUGCUUCAAAGAGAAUCAAAUACCUACGAAUCCAACUUACAAGGGAUGUGAAGGACCUCUUCAAGGAGAACUACAAACCACUGCUCAAUGAAAUAAAAGAGGAUACAAACAAAUGGAAGAACAUUCCAUGCUCAUGGGUUGGAAGAAUCAAUAUCGUGAAAAUGGCCAUACUGCCCAAGGUAAUUUAUAGAUUCAAUGCCAUCCCCAUCAAGCUACCAAUGACUUUCUUCACAGAAUUGGAAAAAACUACUUUAAAGUUCAUAUGGAACCAAAAAAGAGCCCGCAUCACCAAGUCAAUCCUAAGCCAAAAGAACAAAGCUGGAGGCAUCACGCUACCUGACUUUAAACUAUACUACAAGGCUACAGUAACCAAAACAGCAUGGUACUGGUACCACAACAGAGACAUAGAUCAAUGGAACAGAACAGAGCCCUCAGAAAUGAUGCCGCAUAGCUACAACUAUCUGAUCUUUGACAAACCUGACAAAAACAAGAAAUGGGGAAAGGAUUCCCUAUUUAAUAAAUGGUGCUGGGAAAACUGGCUAGCCAUAUGUAGAAAGCUGCAACUGGAUCCCUUCCUUACACCUUAUACAAAAAUUAAUUCAAGAUGGAUUAAAGACUUAUAUGUUAGACCUAAAACCAUUAAAAUCCUACAAGAAAACCUAGGCAAUACCAUUCAGGACAUAGGCGUGGGCAAGGACUUCAUGUCUAAAACACCAAAAGCAAUGGCAACAAAAGCCAAAAUUGACAAAUGGGAUCUCAUUAAACUAAAGAGCUUCUGCACAGCAAAAGAAACUACCAUCAGAGUGAACAGGCAACCUACAGAAUGGGAGAAAAUUUUUGCAACCUACUCAUCUGACAAAGGGCUAAUAUCCAGAAUCUACAAUGAACUCAAACAAAUUUACAAGAAAAAAACAAACAACCUCAUCAAAAAGUGGGCAAAGGACAUGAACAGACACUUCUCAAAAGAAGACAUUUAUGCAGCCAAAAAACACAUGAAGAAAUGCUCCUCAUCACUGGCCAUCAGAGAAAUGCAAAUCAAAACCACAGUGAGAUACCAUCUCACACCAGUUAGAAUGGCCAUCAUUAAAAAAUCAGGAAACAACAGGUGCUGGAGAGGAUGUGGAGAAAUAGGAACACUUUUACACUGUUGGUGGGACUGUAAACUAGUUCAACCAUUGUGGAAGUCAGUGUGGCGAUUCCUCAGGGAUCUCGAACUAGAAAUACCAUUUGACCCAGCCAUCCCAUUACUGGGUAUAUACCCAAAGGACUAUAAAUCAUGCUGCUAUAAAGACACAUGCACACGUAUGUUUAUUGCGGCACUAUUCACAAUAGCAAAGACUUGGAACCAACCCAAAUGUCCAACAACGAUAGACUGGAUUAAGAAAAUGUGGCACAUAUACACCAUGGAAUACUAUGCAGCCAUAAAAAAUGAUGAGUUCGUGUCCUUUGUAGGGACAUGGAUGAAACUGGAAAACAUCAUUCUCAGUAAACUAUCGCAAGGACAAAAAACCAAACACCGCAUGUUCUCACUCAUAGGUGGGAAUUGAACAAUGAGAACUCAUGGACACAGGAAGGGGAACAUCACGCUCCGGGGACUGUUGUGGGGUGGGGGGAGGGGGGAGGGACAGCAUUAGGAGAUACACCUAAUGCUAAAUGAUGAGUUAAUUGGUGGAUUCUUAAAGAAAAGAAAGUGUCCAGACAAAGAGGCGGGGUGAGGCACAUGCUCUUCCAGCAGAGGAACAACGUGGAACUGAAAAGGGGACGUGGAGCAUUCACGGGGCAGCAAGCUGUGCAAGUGUCCCCAAGGGGAGCGUGGAAGUGAGGCAGUGAGGACAGAGUGCAGAGGCGGGCAGGGCGAGACCCAGAGGGCAUGGUAACACAGGAGGAGGAGCCCAGGCGAUAUUCUGAAGGCUCCUUUGACAUCGAGGACAGAGAAAGCUUUGCUAAGACUCCAUGUAAGGGGCAUCAGAGAAGAAAGGAGAAGCGGGAACACAGCUCCCUCCAGUCCUCUAGGUCCUCCACUGUAGGAUAGCCUAGGUGCAGACAAAAUUUCCUUUCCUUUUCGUUUUGUUGGAAGAUUUUGAAAUUGCAUGGAGGGAAACUUGUAAAGACACUGGACAAGCCUAGAACCAAAAUGAACACAAAGAGGAUACAGAAGGUGGGUCUGGAGGUGAACAGAGGAGGCUUCCAGCUCCAUCUUGUGCAGGCUGUGCAGCCUUAAGCAUGUUACUUCUCGUGCCGCAGUCUCUGUAUUUAAAUAGAGACCUAAUUCCCUCACAAGACCCACACGACCUCACAGGGGCUGGCCUCCCUGCUGUUUUCAGCCUGAGCUCACAGCCGCUGGCCCGCACUCUUCCUGCUCCCGCUCCGUAAGCCUCUUUCACACCGGGUUUGCCAGGCUGUCUUCUGCCCCAACCCUUUCCCCAGGUGGUUUCCUCCAUCUGGAGUAGUCUUGCCCUCGCCUGACUAAUUAACUACAUUAAAUCUAAGACCCACUCCCUCGGGGCAAUCUGAUCUACCUGCAUAGGUUCAAUCUCUACUCUUAGAGGGUUUUAAGCAUUGGGAAAUUUUACUUGAUAGCACUUAGUGGUUGUUAUUUGUAUAAUUAGUUGUUGAACGUCUCUUCUGCUAGAACAGGGGUCAGCAAACCAUAGCCAGUUCUGGCCUGAAGCCCGAUUUUGUAAAUAAAAUAUUAAUGGAGGAGAUCAGGUGCCUACAGGGUCAUAUUGCUGGAGACGUGGAGUGACCCAUCAAGAUCAACAUAUUUUGGUUCAUUUGGAUGAUCGACUUAACAAACAGCUUCCAUAUUUUUAUCUAUUUAACAUUUCUUUGGUGCCAGGGAAUGACAUUUUCUUUGUUAUAGAGAAAUAUUGAAAAAAAGAAUGCACAGGGAGUUAAUAUGAAAUAUUGUGUUCUCAACAAGUGAAGGCCAAAAGACUUCAUUACAGGAUGUACAAAGGAAGCCUCUGUGUAACUUACAUAGGGACAAGUGGUGGAAGCAUCCAGUUACUGCAAAGCAUGCUGCUAACAGGCGGAUCUCAGGAGAGUCUGCAUGUGGGCAGGGGGCGCCACUUCCUCAUGGCCGAGGGGAGUGACUGUUCUGCUUUUGUUCCAUUAUAUUAAAAUUGUCAUUUGAAUUUUA